AUGCCAGAGGUUUCAACCAAUAAUCAACAAAUCCAAACAACUAAUAUGUUUGCAGCUCUAGAAGGACAGGAUGAUGAGGAUCAAGACAAUAAUCAACUGAUUCGGGUGGAAGAUAGUAAUCCUGCAAAAAGUCCAACCAAUGCUAAUACGACCAAGAAAUUAAAUCCUUCAGCAGCUGUAUUUACUCCUAAGUCUACAGGAGUGGGGAGUACUGCAAGGAAAGGAAAAGUUCAUAAUGUGAAGGAGAAUGCAGACCUGGAGGGUGCUCAGAAGGAAACUACAGCAGCAUGGGUUAAUAGAACAUUCAAUGAAAAGAUUGUUGAAACAAAUCAAUCUUGCCAGGAAAUUCCUUCUCAAGCUACUGAGAUAGAUGCAGCUCUAAAGGUGACAAAUGGCAAUGAGAGGGUACAAGUAGAAGGAAGGAAAAUGUGGACUCAACAGGUAGAAGAGGAUUUAGAAGAAGGGGAAUUACCAGAUGGUGCCAGUGGAGAAAAAUGCAAGAUGUCAGAAAACUUGAAAGAUGAGGAUCAUGGAGUAGAAGUAAUGAUUAAUGUGGAGCAGCAGAUGACUUUGAAGCUAACAAAUAUGGACUCUCAGAUCUCCUUUAUUGUCACAUUUGUAUAUGCUAAGUGUGACAAUAUAGAGAGAAUUGAACUAUGGGACAGUAUGUAUUAUCUUGCAAGAGAUAUGACCAUGCCUUGGCUUGUAGCUGGGGAUUUUAAUGUAAUAUGGGAUGAGGAGGAGAAGUUUGGUGGUUUGCCAGUGUCAAUGAAUGAAGUAAAUGACUUUAGGCAUUGUGUAAAUACAUGUAAUCUCACAGAUUUGGGGUUCAAAGGUAGUAUUUUUACCUGGUGGAAUGGGAGAGCUGAGGAUGAUUGCAUCUUUAAAAGACUGGACAAAUGUCUGGCUAAUGCAGAGUUCCAACAAAUGUUGCCUACUAUUGAAGUUAGCCACUUAUCUAAAACAGGAUCUGAUCAUAGUCCUAUGUUGUUGAAAGGUUCAGCUGAUGAAAUACCUGUGAAGAAGGCUUUCAGAUUUUUGAAUUUUUGGACAAAGCAUCCUUCCUUUCAAGAUGUAGUGAAGGAGAACUGGAAGCUUGACUGUGGGAGAUCCAUUCAUCAUAAAAUAGCAAGCUUGGAAGAGGUAGUAUUGGUACAUGAGACUGAAUUUGAGAGGAAUCCUUCAGUUCAAAAUAGAGAAAGGUUGCAGAAAGUUCAAGGAGAACUAAUCAGAUAUUUGGCAUUAGAAGAGGAAUUUUGGAAACAAAAGGCUGGUAUGACCUUGUUUCAAGAUGGAGACAGAAAUACCAAAUUCUUUCAUGCUCAAGUAAAUGGAAGGAGGAAAAGGUUACAGCUUAAAAGAAUUCAAAACAAUGAGAGCAACUGGAUAGAAGAUAGUAAUGAGCUGGCUGAAGAAGCAGUAAGUUUUUAUCAAAAACAGUUCCAUGAGGAUACAGUUCCUACUAAUUUUAGAAUUUUGGAACACAUUCCUGCAAUGGUGGAAAAUAGUCAGAACAUUCGACUAACUCAACAACCUACAACAGAAGAGAUCAAAACUGCAGUAAUGGGGCUGAAUGGUGAAAGUGCAGGUGGUCCAGAUGGUUUCACAGGAUGUUUUUCCAUACUUGUUGGGACAUAA